AUGGCUUCCGCACUUGAUUCUCAAGUGGAUAUCGUGGUUCCAGAGAUGCCUUCCUUCACCAAAGGUUAUCAUCACCGUUCUUAUCCUGCUAUCUCGCCGUCGCGGCCCGAGAUCGCAGCUGCGGCAGCAGGGAAGAACAUUGUCGUCACAGGAGGCGGUACAGGCAUUGGCAAAGCUAUCGCCAUCGCCUUUGCGCAGGCCGGUGCCCGUUCUGUGGCUAUCUUGGGCCGGCGCGCCGACCGGCUACAACAGACUGCGGCCGAGAUGAACUCAGAGGCCGCCAAGCAUGGCCACUCGCCCAUCAUUGUCACAGAGACCAAAAUCAGCACCGAGCCAGGGUCUAACUAUCUCGACGUGCUCGUGUCUAAUGCUGGCAUGGCACCAAAGAUGGGAACGGUGCUAGGCUAUGACGCCCAAAUCAUGAUGAACACCUUUGGACUCAACGUGCUGAGUGCCUUCAAUGCAGUCAAUGCAUGGGUACCAAUAGCACCACCAGGCGACAAGGCCGUAUUGAUCAAUGUGUCAUCGAUGAUGGCACAUGCAAGUCCAGUGGUCACCAACUUCGCCUACUCAAUGGCCAAGGCGGCCAAUCUCAAGAUGAUUGAUUACUUUGCUGCCGAAAAUCCUUCUAUUCACGUGGUUAGCUUGCAGCCUGGUAUUAUCAAUACGGAGCUCGGCGGCGAAGAUAUGCCUAUCUUUGUUGCGCCGGAUACAACUGAGUUGCCAGGCCAAUUCUGCGUCUGGCUGCUAACGGACGAGGCGCGGUUCCUUAAGAACAAGUUUGUAUGGGCCAACUGGGACGUCGAGGAUCUCGUGGCCCGUAAAGAUGAAGUUCUAACGACUAGAGCACUUACAUGGGGGGUUGAGGGAGUUCCUGUGUCCGCGAUCCGUCGUCAAGCCGCCAAGGGACAAAACCUUGGCCGCAGGAUCAAUCGGCCAUCACGUGUGAAAGCAUUCGAACGCCAAGCCAUGGUACAGCCUCUCUUCGCUGUCAAGUCCAAACAUGAGUCUUCAGAGAUACAUCAAGACAACCGCGACGAGGACCAUAGCCCUCGUAGAGACAUUGAGAAUGCGCUCUCACGAAUUGAGCCUGUCAUAGGCGACAGUGUAUCGGUCCUGAGCCUACCUAUAGAUAUAGCGCAAGAAGAUAGAGUGCUCAUGUACGAAGCCGUGGCUUUUAUGAAUGCGCCUCGCUGCUUACCUAGCCUCGCCAAAGCUUUUGGCGAUGGUAGCGUCGGUCACUCCCUCUUUCUACAACUCAUCUUCACGGACCAAGCAUACUAUCAUUGUGCCCUGGCCACAGUUCUCGAGUGCAACCACAUCUCACCACAGGCCGGUGUCUCUACAAUCCGCCACCUUACCCAGGCCUUUCGUCUGAUUAAUGAGCGCAUUUCUCGAGCAGAACAUGUAUCCAACUCUACACUUGCCGUGGUGAUGAGCUUAUCGACCUAUGAGUCUACACGUGGUCGCUACGACCGCGGCAUGAUUCACAUGUCAGGUCUUUUUCGCAUGGUUGAGACGCGAGGUGGCCUGGACCGUAUCGGGUCCGAAGAGCCAGAGAUAAUGCAGAAAAUCUAUAGAGCCGACCUUGACUAUGCCCUCAGGUUUGGUGCUACCCCCAAAAUGAAUAUAAAGCUCUUUGAGAAUUCCAAAGCUAUGGAAAGGCUAAAUAUGCCUUCUGCGCGAGAUCAUAGUACUAUUGCGCCCAGCUUCAACCCAGAGUUUCGAGAGCAACUUGGUUCGGAACUAUGCGAUCUCUGGAAAAGCGCAGCUGGGAUGUCUAUGCUAGUCAACGAGGCGAGCGCAAGCAAACGUUCCAAAUUAUCUAGGUCAAAGUUUUUGAGGAGUUACAUCUGGCUUGGCCACCGUCUUCUCAACUAUGCUCCAUUGAACAAGCCGCGCUCACUUAAUCGCAUCCAGAGUAUGGCACAUUUAGGUCUCCUGAUGCUGGUCAGCUCCCUUCUAUGCGGCCUCGAUCGCCGCGUGGUGGAAAAUGCAAUCUUAUCACAGCUACUACGUGAUGAAUCAAGUAGAGAAACCAGUUCUGAGACGCAAGAAAUUCUACUAUGGCUAUUAUUCUUGGGAGCAGCUGGUAUCCUGCAGGAUCCUAGUCACAAUAUUUGGCUGGUUCCAAAGACUUGGGAGACGAUGCAAGCACUUGGACUAGGCACCUGGGACAGUGUAAGAAGUAUUCUUUUCAAGUUUCCCUGGAUGAGUGACUUCUAUGAGAGCGGGGCUUCAGCGUUAUUCGUCAAGGUGACUCAAUACCAAAGUAGUCAGCUGUCUCUUUAG